CUCGACAGUCGUUUUGUUUUUUUCUAUUUAUUUUGUAUUUCCAUUUUGGCUUCUUACUCUCUCGCUCAGUCAGCCUCACUGUGUUGUAGCAGUAGGGUUUUGAAAAACCCCGAAACCUAAUCUCUCGUCCUCAGUUCAGGUUUGAAUUUCACAAGUGGCGAACUUUGUGAAUGUAAUGCAUGCUAUAAAGGGUGGCUGGGCAGGGCGUACAUUUGCCCUGGCUAAAAACAAUGAAUCUGAAGGAAGGAAGUCCCGAAUUCGGCGUUCAAAGGAGGAGAGGAAGGCAAUGGUUGAAUCCUUUAUAAAAACGUAUCAGAAACUAAACAAUGGGAGUUUCCCGUCACUUAAUCUGACCCACAAGGAAGUUGGCGGGUCUUUCUACACCGUACGAGAGAUUGUCCGAGAUAUAAUCCAGGAAAAUAGAGUGCUGGGUCCUGCUAAGUUUACUGCAGAGGAGCGGACCAUUGAUCAUUUCUUGGAACAAAAUCCAUUGGGUUCCAUCGCAACAGAACCACCAAAUGCUCUGUCAAUAUCAUUAAAUCAAUCUCAGUUUAUCUCCAAUCAAAAUCAGGGUAGAAUUGAAGAACUGGUUUUCACAUCGGAUGGGCAUUUAGCUACACUUGAACGUCAGAAUUGUGACAAUGGGAAAAUCAUCAAUGGUACUCAAGUUGAAGUGAAUAACAAAGAGUUUGAACUGAAAAGUACAGAGUUACGAGUAAAAGGACCAGUGGAAACAGAGAAGAAUGUUGCUGAAGAAUCUGUAGUUCAUAAUGGGGAUUGUAUUGGGCCUGAAUAUCAGAUGGUUGACAAUGGAUUAAUCAAUGGUAACCAGGUAGAUCUGAAAGACGAAAAAACUGAGGAACUGACAUGUACAGAGCUACAAACAAUUGAACCUUUGGAAGCAGAGAAGAAUGUUGAAGAAGUUCCGGAAACAUCUAGGUCUAAAGUGACUCCUAUAGCAGCCGAUGUGAUAGUGGAGACAUUUCCAUUAAAGCCGGCUAAUGAGAAAAGUGAGAGCUUGGAUGGAAGGUUACAAGAAGUAACCGAUUUGGCUAUACCUACCAAGGAUCGAGUAGAGGAGAAUCUUUUAAGUCCAUUGCUUGAGAACAAUUCCGGCUCACUGGAUGAGGAAGCAUUAGGAAAUGCCAGAGAUCCAUCACUUGAAAGCUCAAAUUGCUCAACCUUUAACGAUGGUGUUGUGCGUGAAAAAGGAAGCACAGACCUUAAUGUCAAGGCACCUCAUAAAGAUGUUCCGACAUCUGAGAUCUUAGAACAAAGUCAGCUGACCGCUGGGCCUAAGGCUAUCAAAGCUCCAGAUAGCUUACAUACGAACAAUAUAAAUGGUACCGGUGGUGGUAGCGAGCUGUCAAAAACCAAAGAGGUGCUUGUGAUUGAAGACGAAGUUGAUGUUCAAUCCAGCGGCAGCAUGCAGAAAGGAAGCAGCCCAACUUUAGACAGAAUUAAUCUUGAAUCAUGGGAAGGGAGAUCUAAAAAGUCGGCAAAACCAGAAGGUAACCCACUUUGGGAUGUAUUUAAAGCGUUUAUAGACGCGUUUGUGAAAUUUUGGUCUGAAUGAACUUAAAGAGUGUAGUUUCAGUUUUUGUUACUGGUGAGUGAAACAAGGAGUUCUGUACCUGCCAGAGUAAUUUGUGAUUUCACUUGGGUUAAUUGUGUGGCCUUUCAUUAGACUGGUUUUCUCCUUUCCCAUACUUAACAUGACUCAACCAUC